AUGAGAUAUAUUAAGAGGAUAUACAAUUAUGAUCAUGAACUUUAUGAUGACGCAUCGGAUGAUGAAUACACGGACGAAGAUGAACUCUAUGAUGAUGAGCCGUCUGAAGAGCAAUCAGAUAACAAAACAACAAGGGCUACACGUAUAACCAAGGAUACACCAGCUCCAGGCUCCAGGCGUCCUAGCUUCCAGGGAACUAAACAAAAGUUCGGCGAAACAUUUAAAUCACAUUUCUCCAAAACAAAAACACAAGAUGAAAAAAAUACCGAGGGUAAUGAUGAGUGGGUCUAUGUCGAAGGUAAAAGCGAUGCGGAGUGA